AUGUCUGACAUGAUGGUCGAUGAACUUAUUGACCCUGUCUCCAUUGAGGCCACAAUUCCACCCUUCGACAUUGAUAACCCCCAGGCAGAGGAAGGCUAUGGAUCUGUCUCACAGGAUGUCAUCGCUAGGGCAAUGGUAGGGUCAAGGUCUGCUUCAAGUGAACCUGAAAGGGAUCGCUACUACCGCAAAAUGGCUCAUCCCCUAAAACUAAGCCUGCUCCAAGCCCUCUACAACAAGGGAGAUGGUGAAAAGGCCUUCAGCCUUUUGAGGAGGAAGUGGCACUUGGAAGUUGAUGCCCAUCUCUAUGCACCUGGUGGCUCAGAAACCUUCACCCACAUGAUGGCAGGCCAUUUCAUUGACUUCUCACUCAAAGUCCCUGAUCAUGCUGGGUUUGAUGCAAUCCUCCCAACAAUUGGUGCAAAUACUGAAUGGUGCUUCCACCUGAACCUCUGUGGUUCUGUGCGUGAGUUCCUCAAUCACCGUGGUGAUCUUGGGUUUGACUCCACUGGGCGAAUGCUCCACAUUGGGACCAAGGACCACGACAAUGUGUACCUUUCCAUGGCACCCAAAGGGUUCCUGGAUGGCACUGAUGACCUGGUUGCACCUGGCACGCAUACUGGGACCACUCUGAUGACCAGGGCUCAUGUGCGAAUGGCAACAUGCAUCAUUCUCUGGGCAAUGGGCGAAAUUCCACACAGGGACUACUCAACCAGGAAACCUAAUAUCUAUGUGGAGUUGGAUGGUGGGCUUCAACAAUACAUGCAAGUCACAGAUUGGGUGUGCAAUCAGUCAGGCAGGGCCACAUUAAGACUCCGUGAUGUGCGCUCAAUGCACCAGACACUGAUUGACAGAUAUGAAUCAGAAUUUGUUCGAAAUGCCCCAGGAGUGUGGAAAGAUGACCCUUGGUUUUCCCAAUCAACACCCCUCAUCAUCACCAUGAAGUAUGGCCAAGACUUGGAGUUUGACACUGAGCAUCUUGAGGAGACUGUGGCUCAUUUCCACCAGAAUCAUUCAUUUGAGCACAUCUCAUGCUGGAGUUUUGCGCUUGCCAGCCACCUUCGUGCCUGUGUAGUUAGGGGAACAGAAAUUAUUGAUCCUGCAGACAUCGUGGCAGAACAUGGACAAGUCUUUGAUGAAUAUGGACAGGAAAUUGAUGACUUGGACGAGCUUCCAUAUGAAGAUGAAGAUAACAACCCCAUCAAUAUUUACGAUGCUGGUGGAAAUAUCAUCAACAGGAAGAUAUCUUUGUACAGACACUCUGAGGCCCCUGGGGGGAUUCUUCUAAAACUGGAAAAUGUCCACACCAUGUUCGAUCGUGUCUAUGGGAAUCAUCGGCAGUCAGACCCACACCGCACUGGCAAGGUUGUUACAAAAACAUACCCCCAAGCUUUCAUGACCUCCUUUGGUCAUGUGCAAUCCAACACUGUCUUUCCAGAAUUCCACCAGACUGCCCACUCCAUCAACCAAAGAUUGCUGUCACGCAGACGCCAAGGUGGGACUUUUGCAGAAGACAAUGGCAGUGGAGGAAGUGAGGAUGAUGAUGAGUAUUUCCCAUCAUCAGCUGAUGGCCAUGAUGAUGGUGAUGAUCACAUGCUCAGUCCUUCUGAAAUUGAUGCUGUGGAAGAGGUGCAAGGCCUCAUGCGACAGCAUGCUGUUGAGCCUGUCAAAGGUGUCUUUUUCCAAGCUUACAACCUGCUUCAACAUUGCAUUGCUCGACGGUCAGGGGAUGCUGAGACCAUGCAUGGCACUGUCACUGCAGCCCUUGCAGGGAAUCAUGCACAACCCCAUGAACGUGCUACAGCAGAACGAUUUUGGUCAUACCUGGAGAUCGGGAUGCCCCCUGAACGGAUGAAAGAGAAACCGACCUCUGUGGCCCAUGAGCCACCAACAGAUCUCAGACUGGAGAAUUACUGGACAGUCAAUUUCACUGGGAUCGCAAAGGAGAAACGGAAUGGACAAUGGGUAUUCAACCAUAUUAUCACACCCCUCCUGAAUGCUUGGGUGGAGCCAACCUUGGUGGAGAAACUCAAGCAUAACACCAUCAUCUUCAAGCAACAUAUCCUUCAACGUCUGUACCUCUGGACUUCCUAUCCCCUGUUCUGGGCAAUCCAACAUAUCUAUCAAUGUGACAAGGCACAGCGCUCACGAGGCCUUCGACCUGACCCACUAUCACGAGAACUAGUGGCAGCACUAGAGCGUGCUGGCAGCUUUGGAUUCUGUGGUGCAGGAAAAGUCUUAUCAACUCAUACUAUGGAUCCCCUCCUUCUCUCUAUUGGGAUCAAGGAAACAGGGUUCCCCUGUCUGAGCCAGAUGAUCGAGUUCAAUGCCCAAGCUGACGAGAAGAUCACAAUCAAUGCCUCCCAAUGGCCACGAGAUGCUGAUGGGAUCCCUUGGUUUGCAUCACAACGUGUGGUGCUCUUUAAUUAUUCUCAGGGAACAUAUGAUCAACUGGUGGCCACAUGCUUUAUCGAGCAUAUCCAAAAAGGGAUUCAUUUUUCAGAUGAUGUUCCUGAUACAUGGUCAACCCAGAUGCGGACAAUCAGUUCACUCGCCUCCUAUGCCGUUGAUUCACUGGAGAAGGAUGCCUUGUAUGCAAUUGAGAAGGGUAUCAAGGAUUACAUCCGUGCUGCAUUACCUGAGGUGGAUGGGGAGAAACGGCGCCAGCUUCGUCGGCAAGCUGCAGAACUCAAGCUACUCUGCCAAUCCUUACACCCAUUUGACAACUCAAAAGAGGCAACAGAACGACUCCUUCUUUCACUCUACACAUCAACUCAGUCCAUCCAGUCUGGACUCAAGAAUCUGCCUAGAAUGGAUGUGCAUGAAUGGGUCAGGGGGAUCUAUUCCAUGGUUUCCCCCCCUGCACCCAACCUUCCCCAAUCAUCAACAACAUCAAGGGCCCCACCACGCCUGGGGGCUCCCUUCUUUCGACAAGGCUCUUCAGCAGUCAUCUUUACUCAGGUAUUUGAUGCUCUUCAUGAGCUCUGUGAAACAUCAGACUGGUGUGCCCAGCGUGAUUUCUGUGUUGAAGGGAUUGUGGCCCAAAUGGAGUCACAUCGUGUCUUCCGAUACCCACAUUCAACCUACAACCGCAUUUCCAGGAGGUCCACAGCAUGGGCACAGUAUCACUCAUGGAUCAUGGAGAACAAUCCCCAGUCAUCAUGGAACCGGAGUGAGGUGAAGUUAUCAGAUCUGUCAUGGAUCAUCAAACAUUCCCGACUUCCCCUUGAUUGGAUGCAUAAAGAGAUCAUGCAGGAUCCAAUGUCUGAGCUGUUGAGUACAUGGCUCAAGGACUCCUACACCACCUCGGAUCUUAGGUUCCACCUCAGUCUGAUCGCCUCACUGAUCCUCACAGCCUGGGCUCCAAACCACCGCAUCAAACACCAAAGUGAUAAAGUGUCAUCCAAGGUGGCAAAGAAUGCAAACAUGGUGGAAUAUGGAAGUACACUAGCAUGGGACCUUGAACAUAAAGAGCCAGGAUGGAUAGCAAAGGCACCACUCUUUCAUACCUGGUUGAUCUUCAUUUCAGGGGUUUUGGUUGACACAAGCCCUUGGUGGAGGCUCACCAACGAGAAAAUUGAAGUGAAGACAGUCAAGCUGAGUGAUCGAACAGUUGCUCAACUGGGAAAUCAGCAGAAAGGGGUCUAUGUUUCAGUGCUCUGUCAUCUGAAUCUGGUGGCUGCUCGCACACCUAAUGCCUUUAGGAACCCCUCUCAGUUUGGGAAAGACUGGACCCUCCACAGCUCAUCUGAGCUUGAAUUCAGCUUGGGAACCGUAAUGAAACACCUGGCUUCACCUACAGGACUAUGCCAAGUAUUCUGUGCUGUGAGUCACUUCCUGGGUGAUCAGUGCAGGGAAAUGCAUGUGAAGGAAGGAUUCCAAGUACCACCUUCAAGUGUUUCACUUCAGAUCCCAUCCACUUUGGGCCGUAGAGCAUCUGAUCAAUCUCUUAGACCUGACUCAGAAUCUUCUUCCGAGGAGAGAGGUGGUCUUAAUGCACACCCUCAUCCACGCCCUCGAAAAAGGACAAGGUUGGAGGAAGGUGCAACAUAG